AUGAUGUGGCCGAUAAAUUUCGAAGAAAUGUACAAAAUAUCAACUUACUCGCUGCGUCUGAAUGGCGCACAUCCAAAUAUAAAAAAGAAAACUAAAUUUUGGUAUUUUAAAAUUUAUUUACUCAGAUUUAUAGAGUUGCUUUGCUGCGGUCUUCUCUUUAAUUCGAUAAUAUUCUACGACGUUGUUUCUAAGAAGUACACGGAAGCCAUCAAAAACGGCCUAAUGGUGAUCGUUGGUAUAACCGUGAUAUUUAAACACUCAAUACUAAUAAACUAUAACGAAUCAAUCAAACGUCUCAUCAAAAUUCUGGAUGAGGAUUAUAAGGCUGCUGAACUAUAUGAAGAGAAAGAAAAAGAUAUCAUAUUGAAAUCAGCGAUGAGUGGAGUUAAAAUUUGUCGCUUCUGGCUUGUGUCUGCAACGCUUACGAGUUUCAUGUUCCCUGCUAAAGCUAUCAUUGAAAUGAUCAAUUUAUAUAUGAAAGGCGAAUUCAAACUUGUUCCAAUGUUUGACUUUACAUACCCAAAUAUUAUCGAAGUUCAUAAAGACUCCACUGUGGCUUAUAUAGUACUAUUUCUGCUGUGUCUGUCCUUCGACCUAUUUUCUUUGUCUAUGUACAUAGGAUUUGAUCCUCUCGUUCCUAUAUUCAUGCUGCACACUUGCGGCCAGUUGGAGUUAAUUAGUAACAAGCUAAUGAAUCUCUUUUCUAAGGACGCUUCACGGCAAGAUAUUAUGGACGAACUAAAAAGUAUCAAUGUGAAACUUCAGAAUAUUUACAAGUAA